AUGCCGCGGGAAGUCGACCCUUCUCUCAAUGAGAAGCAGUUCGUCACCCAGGCGCUAGAAGAAAACCUGCGCCUUGACGGCCGCGAGUUUGACCAGUACCGUCCGUUGGAGCUCACCUUUGGCGAGCAGUAUGGCGUCGCGGACGUUACACUAGGCAAGACGAGAAUCCUCGCCAAAGCCACCGCCGAAGUAACCGUCCCCUACGCCGACCGCCCCCUCGACGGCAUCUUCACCAUCGCCACGGAACUCAGCCCCAUGACCUCCCCCUCCUUCGAAGUCAACCGCCCCACCGAAACCGAAGUCCUCCUCUCCCGCCUUCUCGAAAAAACCGUCCGCCGCUCCGGCGCCCUCGACACCGAAUCCCUCUGCCUCGUCGCAGGCCAAAAAUGCUGGUCCGUCCGCGUCGACGUCCACGCUCUCUCCCACGACGGUAACCUGACCGAUGCCGCGUGUCUCGCUGUCGUAGCUGCCCUGCGGCAUUUCCGCAAGCCGGAUACGAGUAUGGAUGCGGGGGUGUUGACGGUGUAUACGCCCGCGGAGAGGGAACCGGUGCCGUUGAGCUGGCUGCAUUCGCCGUUUUGUGUGACGUGGAGUUUUUUUGGGGAGGAGGGGGAGACGGCGGUGUUGGAUGCGACAUGGUUGGAGGAGCAGGUGAGGGUGGGGAGUUGUACGGUUAGUUUGAAUCGGCAUGGGGAGAUUUGCCAGAUUGCGAAGUUGGGCGGGACGCCGGUGAAUGCGGUGGUGCUGUUGCAGUGUACGGGUGUGGCGCUGGCGAAGGUGAAGGAGUUUGACGAGCUGGUGGAUCGGAGGCUGACGGAGGAUUUGAAGAGGAGGGAUAAGGGCGGCUUUAUGGCGGAGUUGAGGGCGGAGAAUGAUAGGUGA